UUUAGUUCUCAACCGCGUGAAAGAAUAAAAAAACUUGAACCAUCAGAUCAAGAAUUUCUGGAAACCCAACAAAGGAGCGCAGGCCACAAAUCUGAACCUGUCGGUCCCUUGUACUUCUAGGUUUUCAUUUAAUUCCAUUUCAACCGAAAAAAAAUGGCGGUUAUUAGAAUCACAACAAACAUGAUCCUCAAGGAGAUGUUCACUCAUAGGCUACCAUUCUCUUACUCUUCUAUAUCAUCCUCUCCUUCUUUCCGUCUAACACUUCCCAUCACGGCCCUUGAAUUGACCCGCCGUGAGUUCAGCUUCAGCCGGAUUCGCUGUGCUGCCGCCAAUGACAAGAAGGUAUCGGCUCGGCUAUCGCAGGUUCAGCAACUUCUUCAAGAAGCUGAGGAGAGAGCCAGCUCCGCUGGGAAUGAGCCGCCUCCAAAAAUCACUAUUGAUCAUGUUACAGUAAGUUUUGCUAGAAGUGGUGGACCUGGAGGUCAAAAUGUGAAUAAAGUGAACACCAAGGUGGACAUGCGCUUCAAUGUUAAAGAUGCAUACUGGCUGAGUGAGAGGGUUAGAGAGAGGAUUAUGCAAAUGGAAAAGAAUCGAAUCAACAAGGAUGGUGAGAUCGUUAUUUCUUCAACAAAGACUAGAACACAGAAAGGUAACAUUGAAGAUGCUUUAACGAAGCUGCAGGCCAUCAUUGAUGCUGCUUCUUAUGUGCCUCCUCCUCCUUCAGAAGAACAAAAGAAGAAAAUUGCCAAACUGGCCGCGAUAGGAGAACAGAAACGACUUAAAAGUAAGAAGGCACUUUCAGAUAAAAAGGCUUUUAGAAGAAGUAGGGACAGCUGGGAUUAAAUUAACUUCUUUAUAAGAUUUCAAUCAUAGAGCAGUUUGAGCUGAAGAAGAUUUUUUAUUCCAUGGAGUGGUGAUCAUGGGAUCAAAUAGCAUAGUGAAGAUCCCUCCAGAGUGGAGACUACAGGACACAAAUUGACACUUCUUUGUUUGUGAUCCAUUCAAUAUUUUGUAAAAUCUAUAGUCAUAAAUUUAGCUGACCAUUUACCAUAGGCUAUUAAAAAUUGAGAGUUGUAUUUGUUGAGGUGACCAACUUGUAAAAACUUGAUCCUUAAGGGCUUUAAUAAUCUUAUUUCAGAAGUUAUUUAUCA